GGUGACGUUUAAUGAAGCGACGUCGUUUCAGGAAAAGAAAGGAAAAGGGCCAACUGAAGGGAGGAUGGAGUCCCAUCUCCGAAGCGCCGUUUCACUGGUAAUUUCUUGAAUUGCAGCGAUGGAUUCGAGUUGUUCCGCAGAGAAAGGUUGGGGAGAGAAGGUAUCAGAAAAGGUGAUUUCGCUAUACAACUCUCUUCCUAAGAAAGGAAAGCCUCAGGGGCGCGAAGUCACUGUCUUGGCUUCGUUUCUCAUUUCCUCUCCUUCUCAAGAUUUAGAAGUUGUUUCCUUAGGAACGGGGACAAAAUGUAUUGGGCGCUCGCACUUGAGCACGCAGGGUGACAUUGUUAAUGAUUCACACGCUGAGAUUAUUGCUCGAAGAGCUUUAAUGAGGUUCUUCUAUUCAGAGAUUCAACGUCUCUCCAGUAUUUUAAAUAAGCAUGGAAAUGAUAGUGGGAGCAGACAAUUGCAAAGUGAUGAUGUCACAAACUGCCUUUUCCAUUUGGAACAAGAUGGUUCUAAUCAAGGAAACUUCAAACUGAGAGAGGGUUGGCAAUUACAUCUGUACAUAUCGCAGUUGCCAUGUGGAGAUGCUUCUGUGCAUUCACCCUUAUUGUCUAUGAGAAACACCUUCCAAAGAGAAGAGGAUUCACCAUUCUCUCUAGGCAAGCUUAAUGGUUCCAUAAAUGAGCUUUUAGGGGCUCCAGAAGAGAAUAAUGGUAAUGGUUCACAACUCAGUGGCAUGGUUCAACGGAAGCCUGGUCGUGGUGACACAACAAUGUCAGUUAGCUGCUCUGACAAGAUCACUCGUUGGAAUGUUCUUGGAGUUCAAGGAUCUCUGCUUUCCUACUUUCUUCAACCUGUUUAUCUUUCUACGAUCACUGUUGGACAGUCGCCUAGCGUUUUUCAACAUAUUCCAUUGGAGAACCACUUGCAAAGAUCUUUGUAUGAUCGAAUCUUACCAUUGUCAAAUAAUUUGACUGUUCCCUUUCAAAUAAACAAGCCACUUUUUUGUACAGCUCCUGUACCACCCAAAGAAUUUCAGCAUGCUGAUACUGCUAUAGUCACUUUAACAUGCGGGUAUUCCAUAUGUUGGAAUAAGUAUGGUUUGCAUGAAGUUGUUCUUGGGACCACGGGAAGAAAACAAGGGACCUCUGCUAAAGGAGCACUUUCUCCAUCUACGGAGUCAUCUCUGUGCAAAAAGCGAUUAUUGGAGAUUUUCUUGACACUAAGGCGGGACUUGCAACAUAAAAGCCCAACUAAAGGGAUUUCUUAUCGAGAACUCAAGAAUGAUGUUGAGGCAUACAGUUUAACUUCAAAAACUUUUAGAGGAAAACCACCUUUUAACAAUUGGCCAUUGAAACCAUUGAACUUGGAGGCCUUCUCCAUUUUGAGGUAGCAAGGUAUGUGAUAUUCAACUUUGGAUGUUUUCUAUAAAACAUCACCAUGUGUCAACCAUUAGACUUAUAGUUAGCGGUUGAUUGUAUUGAAUUAUGAACUGAGUGAGUAUGGUCCUAGCAGAUUUUAUUAUUACCUCUUUCACAACUACAACACAUGUACUUAUCAAAGCCUUAAUGCGGCCACGAUUCACCGGCAAUAAAUUGUUGCACACUGAAACCCUUCAGGUUCGAAA